GUAUGCGUUCAGUAUUUUUCUUCCAUGCCUCCUCAGAUUUCUUUUUCCUCCACUCUUCUCAUCAGCCGUCUCCUCCCCAUGUCAUUUCAACUGAGCUGGAUGAACUCAAGAGACCAUUUAUUGGCAGCACUCAAAAAGAAACUAUAAAGGGGGCAUCAAAAGUAACUAAUUGGAGUUAUGGGCAGGAAGCAGCAGAUUCACAACAGACUGCACAAGCACUGUGAGAAAUGUUUCAGCCUGUAUUGCCAAGCUCCAAUUGAGCCUGCUGUAUCUUGUCCAGUGAUCAGCUGCCGGUCUCGCUGUGGUGCUGCCUUUCACAUGUGCAAGGAGGAAGAGCAUCAGCUCCUGUGUCCUCUAGAGCAAGUUCCAUGUCUCAACUCUGAUUAUGGCUGCCCUUUUACAAUGGCUCGUUUUAAAGUGGCAAAACACCUCCAGGUCUGUCCAGCCAGUGUAGUUUCCUGCUCUAUGGAAUGGAACCGGUGGCCAUGUGUAGAUUCUGAAGCCAUUCUGCAUGAGAAUAUUAUGAAAGAAGAGCCCAGAGAAGAGUGCCUUGAUGUGGCGCUAGCCAUGAGAGAUCAGAAAACUCUUUUUGAGGUGCUCAAAAUGGCUGAACUUUUCCCAGAAUGCAAAGAGGCUAGCAGUAUGGAAGAAACAUAUGUAGAGGGCCUAGGAGAAGAAGCUUCUGGAAGGGUAGCUGAUGAGGGUGAAGCAAAUGAUGCUCAUCCACCUGAACUCAGCCAAAGUGAGCGUGAGAAUUUGGCAAAGGACAAAGAAGGUAUGGACUUGGCUGGUUAUAAAAUCUGGGAAAAUAUGUUUAGCAAAGAAUUUAAAGCAUGCAGUGUAACAGGUGCAUUGGCUGACAAUGGAAAAAGCAAAAGAGAGAGCAGGCCUCUGAAUAAAGGACAGACUUCAUGCAAUAGUGUUGUGGAAAAAGCUAGCAGUGUACAAGAAAAGGAAGACACUCGAUCCUCUUCUCAAAUCAGUUUAGCAGCUGAAAAGACAGGCCUGGCUCCCUGGCAAGAUGGAGUACUGGAGAGACUGAAAACAGAGGUUCCUGUAGGAGAGUAUAAUAUGUAUCUGGUACACCAUGGGCGGAUGCUCAUUCAUUUUGGUCAGCUGGCUGCUUGCACUCCCAGAGAGAAAGAUUUUGUAUAUGGAAAUCUGGAAGUUCAUGAAGUGAAGACAGAGACCACCUUUAAAGUACCAACCAGCUAUUGUGGAAGAAGAGCACGACUUGGUGAUCCUACAGCACACAAGAAGCCAACUAAGAGCAUAUCUGUGGAUACUUCUGAGUUGGGAAUAAAUGUGGAGGAACUCCCUAAAUCCAAUGCCAUCAAAACCACACUGCUCUGUGCCUUGGAGAAGGAAUUGAAAGGACAUGAGAUAUCUCAAACAAAGACUACUGAUGCUCUAUAUGUGGAUUUUGGGACACAAACAUACAGGUUUGCCAUGGAGCCUUUCGCUUCCACAACUGUUCUAGCAGAUGUUCUAGAUGCAAAUGAUCCACCCAACCUUAGUUUACAACUUCACAGUGAGAGCAUAACCCAAAGGCACAACAAAAGCAGCUCUGCUUUCACUUUCUCUUGCAGCCACUUUUUCCGGAGAGAUGAAUUUCCAUCACAUUUCAAGAAUGUUCACACAGAUAUCCAGUCGUGUCUGAAUGGGUGGUACCAACAUCGCUGCCCGCUUGCCUAUCUAGGCUGCACCUUUGUUCAAUAUCCCUGGUGCCCUUCUGGGCAAAGGUCAAGUGUUAUCUACAGCCAGCAUCUUAAGACAUUUGCUGUGAAGCCAGAGGUUGACCCUGCCCUCUUACAAAUAAAUAAAAACAAUCACAUCACAAACAGCCAAGACAAAGAAAGGGAUGCUCUAAGCAGCCUACCCUUGGAGAUCCUGAAGUACAUUGCUGGGUUUCUGGAUAGCUUUAGCUUGUCUCAGCUAGCUCAGGUGUCGGUACAAAUGAGGGACAUCUGUGCUACUCUGCUGCAAGAGAGAGGGAUGGUUUUUCUACUGUGGGAAAAGAAGAGAUAUUCUCAUGGGAGCACUUCUUGGAGAGCCCGUAGAAAGAUAUGGAAAUUUAGCAACCUGUUUUCUACCAUAAACAACUGGCAGUUGAGUGACAUCCCUUCUAUGGCUGUGCAUUUAAAGACCUGCCCUUUCUAUGAUGUGGAGUACAAGAAGGAUCCUGUUUUGCUGACUUACAUGCUUUCACCUGAAGAGGAGGUUCAAGAGACUUUAGUCUCUACAUUAAGAUGUAGGCAUGGUCCUAAGAAAGCUCAGAGAAGAUUGCACUGAUGCCUAGAAAGAGGGGGUUACAGCUUUUGGGGGGCGAAAUCAGAAUAUUGGGCCUUCUUCUUGAAAUACAUUAGAUAUUCUCUCUUACUAUUUCAACAGAAUAUGUUUUCAUGCUAUAAAAAAUCCUAAACAGAAUGUUUUCAUGCUUUUAAAAACACCCUAAAUGUACAAUCCAGAAUUAAUUUAAAUCAAUUGGAACUUUGUGCCUGACAUCCAAAGGACCAUAACAAGUGGCUGAGCAAAAAAAGUGAAUGAAUGUUAGUCUCUUUCUAGUUGGAGUGGAAGAAGCAAAGGCUAGUUUUAAUUUGGUUCUUCACUAAAAUAUAGUGAAAAGAACUUGGCAUGACCCUUUGUUCCACAUCUCCAGAUGACUACUCCCAGCUGCUUCAUACUGAUGCUAAAUUACAAUGGGGAUUACUCUCCUGUAGUACACUAUUGCACAUUUUCUAGGGGCUGAAAGCUCUUGAAUCUGCCAUGAGAUACAAAAGCAUUCUGACCCACUAAGGUAGAAUACCAUGGAUUAUGAAAUCAAAGCUGCUGAGAAAAUAAGCAAGGGCAACAAGACUGCAGCUAGAGAUAUAAAUUGCUGUCAUAAUUCUUCUCGACCCUGAAGCAGGGCAGGAAAUAUAUUUGCUGUUCUCCCCACAUGUGAAAUGUGAGAUAAUUAAAAUGUUUCAUCUCUGGCACAGGGCAGAGCUCACCCAUUCUAAUUGUGGAUGGGAAUUUCCAUUUGAAAUUUGGUGUUCUGGAUAGUUUUAUUGCUUCAGUACUAUAUACUGAGCAGUUAAAAAGCAGGGAUGAAACUGAGUCUGCUAGCUUUGCUGUUGGUGUGGGCUUUCUGACUUAAGGCAACCCCAGUGCAAACCUAUCAAUAGGUUUGCAUGGCAAGAUUUGUUCAGAAGCCUUUGCCUUCCUCAAAAGCUGCGAGAGUGUGAGUUGCCCACAGUGUCCAGUGGGUUUUCGGCCCCAUUAGUUUAUUUGCAAAUGAACCAUCUAGAGACUCUCACAUCUGGCCCAAGAAGGUAGCAAAUUUCUUGGCUCAUACAGUAUAUAGACAUUUAAAGAGGUCGAGAAAAUAAAAAUCCAUACGUGUAGCAAACUGGAAUGAAUAAUACAGUAGUCAUAUCCAUAGCUGCAAUUACCUCUCCUCUCAAUAACAGUCAUCAAUUAGGAUGACCACAGUUGAUUCCUCCCAAGUGAAACCUGAGUAAAGUGGGAUUAGAUAAUGGAUAUCAUUCAAAAGCUCUUACAGCUUCAACACCAAAACCAUAUCAAGAACUGCCCCCCCGCCGGUAGUUCACACUUAGGUAGGAGUUAUCAAGACCUAGUGGACUCAAUGUGGUUUUCUGUAUGCAUGGCCAUAUCACUGUUUCCUUAAGGGCAGCACAUACUACAUCCCAUUGUAUUCACUACAGAUUGCACCCUUCUUGCCAUUCUGUCUUGGCUUGUUAAAUUAGAGACUGGGAUGUUAAUAGAAAAGGCUUAAGUUUGGGAGUAGUGAGCUCAGAAAUCUAAUAUAUUUCUUUAAUGUUGAGAGAAGGUUCUUAACAUGUUGAAUUGCCGUUAUGUCAAUGUUAGAAACCAGGGAGUUGGCAGAAGCCUGCAAAUGGCACGUUUGUUUGCUGAAUCCUUCAAAAGUGCUAUUUUGGAAUUAAACUGUCUUCUUCAAGUUGAGUUCAAACUGCCACUUUCUACAUUUGUAAAUAUCCCAUGGGCUGAUUGCUAUCUGGGGAUGGUGGGAUUUGUAGUGUAGUCCUGGAAGAGAUGAAUUGA